UAUGCGAUUCACCAUCAACAACUUUCGGAAUCGCUCCAGAACAGAGCGACACCUCAGUUUACGGAAUCACUGCUAUGAGCACAUCUAUGGUAGAACUGGAACUGGACAAAGAAGUUGCGGUCCAAAGGUUACGUUGCAGCCUCCGCACGACAACUCAGCCAAUGCAGAUAAGGUAUUGGGUCACGCCAUCCAUUCAGCCUGUACACAAGACCAAUAUGAGCUGACAAUGGAGGCUGUUGGACUGAGUUGAGGAAUAUUCGGACAUACGUUUUAAUAAUGGGAAGUCAGAGGUACGGUUUCAAAAAGGAACGCUUCAUUUUGUCAGUGGACGUUGGGACGACGACAAUAAGAUGUCACAUCUAUGACAAGGAGGCAAAUGUCCGCGGAUCAUGCGCCACCAAGGUUGUUCCCUUGUAUCCAGAAGUAGGUUAUGUGGAGAUGGACCCAGAUGCAAUAUUUGAAGGAUUUAUCACUGUGGUCAAAGGAGCUGUGAAAGAUGCAGGAGUACACAUGCGUCAAAUAGAUGCCUUGGGCAUCUCCACUCAACGAGGCACCUUUACAACAUGGGACAGGAAAACGGGGGUUCCUUUCCAUAACUUCAUCAGCUGGCAGGACCAGAGGGCUGCAGACCUGGUGAAAUCCUGGAACAGAUCCUGCACAAUGAAAGUCCUCCAUGGCACAAUGAAGGUGCUCCACUUCCUGACCAGGCAGAAGCGGGCACUUGCAGCCAGUCUUAUUGUCUUCUCCACUCAACAUGUCACCUUACGCCUCGUCUGGGCCCUAACACACUACAAGCAGGUUCGUCAAGCAGUAACUGAAGGCAACUGCUGCUUUGGAACAGUCGACACCUGGCUCCUCUUCAAACUCACGAAAGGGCAGGUCCAUGCCACAGACUACUCAAAUGCCAGUUCAACAGGAAUUUUCGACUCUUAUCAGAUGUGCUGGAGUGGCUUUCUCAGCCUUCUUGUUUCUCUGCCUCUCUCUAUUUUCCCCAAAGUAGAAAAUACCAAUCAUGACUUUGGUUCCACAGACCCGUCCAUCUUCGGAGAGUCCAUUCCCAUCAUGUCCGUGAUGGCAGACCAGCAGGCAGCCAUGUUUGGAGAGUGCUGCUUUGACGUUGGUGAUGUCAAGAUCACUAUGGGAACGGGCACCUUCAUGGACAUUAACACCGGGAGCCAACCGCAUACGUCCGUGGCAGGUCUGUAUCCUCUGGUGGGUUGGAAGAUUGGCUCAGAGGUGGUGUAUCUGGCGGAGGGCAAUGCAGCCGACACUGGCACUGCAAUCAAAUGGGCUCAGGAGCUUGAGCUCUUCUCUGACGUCCAGGAGACCAGCGACAUGGCUUAUAGUGUCAGCGACUCAGACGGAGUGUGUUUUGUUCCUUCCUUCAGCGGCCUGCAGGCUCCUCAUAAUGAUCCCAAAGCUUGUGCCUCCCUCAUGGGCCUCAAACCUUCAACCACUAAAAGUCAUCUGGUACGAGCCAUUCUGGAGUCAGUCGCCUUUAGGAACAAGCAGCUGUAUGAGACAAUUCUGAGAGAAACUAGCAUUCCCAUCACGAAGAUCAGGGUGGAUGGUGGGGUUUCCUCCAACGACUUUGUGAUACAACUGACUGCAGACCUGUUUGGCAGAAAGGUAGCAAGAUCCCAACACUACGAAAUGUCAUCUUUAGGGGCUGCUUUUGUCGCUGGACUUGGAAUAGGCUUCUGGAGGACCAGGGAAGAGCUGAAGAAGCUGCAGAGCAACGACAAAUCGUUCUUGCCCCAAAGAGCAUCCAGGGGCGACGCUUGCAGCCCGAGUCGGGAAUACAUCCCUGUCCUCCAGAGAUGGGAGAGAGCUCUCCGACGCUCCAUGAAUUGGUACCAGCCGUGACACCGGACGCACUCACAGAGACAUGAGUUUGUCCGUGUGAGAAGCAGCCCGCCCUUUUUGACCGAAAAAUAACUGUUUUAAGAUGUAACAACCAUCUCUCUCGAAGCUAAUCUUAGACGGUACAAAGAAGUGUUACAUGAAUGAUGUGUUGAUGGUGAUGUGUUGUGCACUGUCAGCAAACUUCACAUCCUUGAGGUGAUGUCCGCAUACAGACUACCUUCCUACUGGAUUUCUUCAUGCCAUCGCAACCUCAUCCCUGCUUCAUUCCACAUAUCGAGCCACUGGUGCCUACAGGCUCCCACAUGGGGGUGCUGAUGACUGGUUUUGCAGUUUCUUUCAUUUAUGACCCGCCAUAGCAACUGCAUGCCACAUGAUAUUACGGAUUGAAGACAUUGAUUACCUUAACUGUAAGAAAAACAGGGUCAACGAGCUCUAAAGAGGAAGCCAAAUGUUAAAUUAAAACAUGUUAGUAUUUGUCUUUUUAACAAAGAUUAAACAGUAUUUUCUCUUUGUUAUUUAAAGGGAAUGUUAGUCCUCUACAGAAAACAUACAGUCUUUACAGCCUUUUGGAAAUCUGGAGUAGCUUAAUAUUUAUAAUCAUUCAUUCUCGCUGCAGGCAACACAGCCCCUAUCCUCAAAUUAAAUACAAUUAUUAAAUGGGAUGAUAUUGAUUAAAUGUGACGAUCAUAAACUACUAGAACAGACUUUACUCUGUGGAAGGGAUUCUUUUGGAUUUUAGUAUUUUAGCAGCUUGUUUGUCAGAAAUGCUUCUUUCUGCUUGCGUCACAUCUCCAUUAGAAACGUGUGUUUGUUUAAGUUGACUGUGAAAGGGAUUUGUUUAGGUAUUUGGGCAUUUGAAGAUCAAGCUUUUCCGUAAUAGCUGUUGAAUGGUUUGUGUCCACUGACAUUUAAAAAUGUUGCUUUGACACAUUAUGUUGUUUAGAAGAAGUUGAUCAGUGAUAUACAUAUUUACUGAACUGGCAUAAACAGUUUAAGGAUACAUAAAAAUAUAUAUUUCUUGUAAAUCCAUGUUUUGUAAACAUUAUUUCAGUUAUUAUUUUGUGCGAACAAAUGACCAAAAAAAUGUAAUCUCUUGAGUCUUAUUCUACAUGUGUUCUACUUGCUGUUGUUAAAUGUUUGUGCCUUUCUUAAAACUGGAAUUUCUUUUUUUCCAAGAUUUUUUACGUGACAUUAUGCAUAAUGCAACAAUUAACUUCUCAGAUUGAAUUGAUAUUUAUAACACUUGUACUUCAUUCAGUCGUUGAAUCGCAGAUGUCGUCCACAAGCUACUGGGACAUAACAAAUGAUACAUUUGUGUGAUCAUACAUGUUACAAAAUUGCAUUAAAAUAAUGCUGUAUGAUGCUAAAGAGCUAUAUUAAAACCCGUAAACAAUCA